CAAACUCAAUUUUCUAAAUUUAAACUUCUAUCAAAAGUCACCUACAGAUCUAAAAAUAUUCCUUUUCUCUACACACUUCGCGUUCCACAACAUUUCAGUUUUUACGCGUUAACUUAAAAGAAUGGCAGAAGCACAGGUCGCACCACUAAGUUUUAACCCGGCAGAGUUGAUUAAAAGGGUAGAAGAUACGGAAAAAAGAUUACAGACAAAGGAUGCGGAGAUCCAGGUUUACAAAAUGCUCAUGUCACAGAUGGAGGAAGAGCUAGCCCAAGCGAAAAAAUUAAAAUCAAUGCACGAUAAACAAGCGCAGGAUGUCGACUCCAUGAAAAUGGAAUCUGAGAAAACUUUGACUAAAGCAAAAAGUUUGAUUUUCGAAAGGACCAAAGUCAUCAAGAACCAGGAGCUUCAAAUUGAGGCAUUCGUUCAACAAAUUGAAUCUUUGAAAGAGGUGGUUCGCAUUACCAAAGACCUUCUAGAAAUUCGUAACUUGGAAAUAAAACAAUUAGAAAACAAAAUAUCCGCCAUUGAGGGUAAGAUGAAAUGCGAACACGAACGAUACGAUUUGAUGCACAAGAAAUUGGAACAGAUGAUCAGACACAAUGGCGAACUGAAAAGGGAAUACGAAACGCAGCUGUGCCUCUUUUCGGCGCUACGACAAAGAUACAGCGAAAGAGAACUCGCCAAAGAUGUGGUGGAUGAUUUGAAGGAAGGCAUUGCCGAAGAGAAAAAUAAAACUGAAGAGGAAAGCAGAAGUGUCGUUCAGCCAGAUGAACAAACUGACGAAAGUCUUCACAGCGAACAACCACCAGCUGAUCAAGUUAAAAAUGACAAAACCAAAGACAGCACAUCAAGUGAUGAUAAAACGUUAACUGUCCUAGAAAAUACAGACAGUACAAAAGAAGAGGUCCAACUGGAAUCUCAAACAAACUAUAACUAUAACGCUUUAACUGAUGCCAAAAAGGGAAUAGACCAUCUGGAAACCGUCAUUUCUGUAUUGGAAAACACGAUAUGUUUAGAAAAUUCAACUCCUAAUAUUGAAGAUCAAAAAGAUAAACAAACUGAACCAGAUAAGAGUUCGGCAAAUGAAAAGACUAACGUUCUCACCGAAGCUUGCAAAGUAAAAGAAGAAACAGAUAUAGCACAAACUCCAACUGAUGUUAUUGUUGUUGCACAGGAAAAUAACAAUGAUAAAAACGAAGAUGUAAGUUUAGUAGAAGAAUCAAAUUCUCAGGAUAAAACUGAAGAUGUAACUCCAGAGAAUAAUUCAAAACCUGAAAGCACCAGCACUUUAUCUAGCAUUAUUUCUGUUAUAAAAAAUACAGUCGGUUUAGGAUCAGAUCCUUUACCUGAGAAAACACAAACAGAUGAGUUUACAAAAAUUCCAAAAAAUUCAACUGAUACUCCUCAAAAUACAGAACAAACGAAUAAAUAAAUAUUAUUGAAUGCGCAUUUAGAGAAAGGCAAUCCUGUAAUUCUAGCCAUUUUUUUGUAAUAUGCAUGUCGUGUGAGUGAAUUUUGAAAUGUUGAUGUUAAAAUAAAAUUUUGGAAAUUUUA